AUGGAGACAAGCAAGAAGUUGGCUGAGAUGAACUCUAAGAUUGAAUCCUUGAACACUAGAGUUCACUCUUUGGAACACCAUGCUUCUUCUUCUGCUGCUAAGCAAGGUCAAUUUCCUGGAAAGGCUGUUCAGAAUCCAAAGGAGCAUUGUAGAGCGAUCUUCACUCAAGAGGAAGGAUUUGAUCAACAAGCUGCUAAUGAGAAGGAUAUUGAGGAGAUCUGUAUGCUGCUUAAUAAUGAAGACAAUGUUGUUGCUGAUGCUCCUGGAGUCCAGUACGCUCAACCUGAAGUGCAAGCUCCUCAGAUAGCUAUCCACGCUUCACCGGUUGAGCUCGCACAACAAGCUCGAUUGGCAGCUCGAUCGAGCCAGACCGUCUCACCAGCUCGAUCGAGUCAGAUGCUUUAUGCUCCAACACCAUCUGAUGAUGACACCUACAAGCCCCCUGUUCCAUUUCCAAGUAGAAUCCUUACCAAGAAUCAGAAAAAAGUCAUCACCAAGUUUAGGAAUGACAUGAGUAAGAUUGGGGUUGAGCUACCAAAUAUGGGAAGUUUUCAAGCUGCUCAUGUCCAAAAGAAGAUGAUUAAGGACAUACUUGAUAACAAGGACGAAGUAGCUCAGCUUUUGGAGCCCUCUUCUUCCCAGGGUGAUCUCUUAUCCACACCAACCUCACUACCCAAGCUGAAUGGUCAGGGAAGCUUCACUCUGCCUUGUACACUUGGUCACCUACAACUUGAGGAUGCACUUGUUGAUUCUGGAGCAAAGUAUCAAUCUGAUCUCUCUUGUUCUAAUACAGAAAUUGGGUAUACAGAGUCUGAUCCAGCGACCUAA